AUGCCCGGCGAUCGCAUGCUAGGGACCCUCCUAAGGGCCUUGCAAACUUACACCGAGCAAGAAGACACUCCUCGCCUUUUCGGCACAGCCGCCUCUCUCCUGACAACCCUCAACAAUCCACUCAAUGUCACUCUCCUCACUAGUCAAAUCCUGUCCGCUCCCGCAAUCUGGUCUCGCCCCUCAGGCCUCCAAACCUGCAUGCGCACACUUUCAGUCUUCCACUCCGCCGCCCAAGCCCUGCUCAAACACGAACUUGCCCUCCUCAGCAACUCCCCAGACGAGGAAUACCCGGGAAAACUUCAACCGGAACGAACUCUUCCCAAAGACGACUGGAUCCGCGCGGCGGUGAGUGGAGCCGACGAACAUUCCCCACGAUGGCGGCAUUUACUCGCUAUCGGAGGGAUGUUGUUGGGUUUUGGGCCGGCGGAGGAUGAAGGGCUUAAUCGGAGUAUGCGGGCGACAUUGGAGGGUGCGCUGAUCACAGCGGCAAAUUUGGCGCUGGAGGAGACGUUGGAUGACGAUGAGUUGGGACUGGCGACGAUCACGUUGGUAUUGAAUCAUUGUUUUCCGGUGUUGAGUGACAGGGAGCGGGCGAGGUUAGAGUAUGAUUCGCUGUUGCCUGUGUUGAUGCGGAGUACCCUACAUUCGAUGUAUGGCCUGCGGUCAGGGUAUUUUCUGGGAGCACUGGAUCGGGAUGUCAAGCUGGAAAGCGAUAGGAGGUUGAAGUGGAGCGAGCGGUCAGCAUCGUAUGGUCAGAUCAAGGAGAUGCUGGGCAGUCCAUUGGUGACUUCACUGGGUCCGCUGUCGCGACUGAUUGGACAUACGGUGGAGCAGGUGAGAGAGUCAUGGUUGGUCACCUCAGCGGUGGACGACUUGGAGAAGUUUGCACAGACACUGCUAUUGCAAUGGCGGCAAAACAAAUUGUCCGGGAUCGAGCAGUCGGAGCAAAAAACACAGCUGGACGAAACGACAUUCAGAAAGACGCUGCCGGAUCUGUGGAAGCUCCUACAGCCGAUCAUGUUCGCCAGCGUGAUCAUCCUGCGGAGUGCCAUCGGGCGAGUACUGGGAGAUGCCUACCUCGCCAGCGACAAAGUCGCUCCUCACCUUGCCACUCAAUCCCUCCUCAUCCUCCGCAGCCUCUACUUCAUCACAACCCACCGCUCCGCAACCUCGACUUUCUCUCAAUACUCCUUCGUCAACUACACCGCCCUAGACAUCCUGUCCGCAUACCCUCUCCUGCUGCCCUCAUUUCUGGCUACCAUCGCUCCCGCCACCCUCGGCCAAGCCUCCACCCACCCACUCGACCGCACCCUCGACCUCUUCUUCCUCAACACAGCCGAGCAUUUCACCCUCCUCCUUCCACCUACUCCGACCGCCUCCCUCCUCGUACCAACCAUAACAGCCUACCUCUCCGCCGGCGGUCGGGGCCCUCUAUUACCCGUCUUCGAAGCCGCUCACUCGGUCACUCUAGCCAUCUUCUCAGCACCUCAAAACGCCACCGCAACGAUCGAAAACCUCCCCUUCUACGUCGACUCCUUGUUCCGCGUUUUUCCAGCCAGCUUAUCUCCGAGACAAUUCCGCCUCGCCUUCAAAACUCUCCUCAAACUCACCUCUCCUCCCUCCGACCUCGCUGUCUCGCAACCCAUGAUGCCUGCGAUUCUUCUCGACCUCCUCCGCCAUCGCGCCGCGAAUGCAUCCAUGGAGCCUUUACCGCCGCAUCCCGACUCACCGGAAGAAGCCACCGACGCACCUCUGCUGUCGGAAAAGGCACACCUUACCGUCACCAUCCUCUCCACCCUGUCUCAACUGCCUCUUCCGCUAUUACGGGAACACCUCCCGUUAGUAGCUGACAUGAUCAACGACAUUCCAGACGCGCGAAUGCGGGAAGUCGUUGUCAAGGAAUUCUGGGGCGUACUGGUUGGUGGUGAACUCGAUCCAGAGAGGAGUCGGGUCUGUCACGGGUGGUGGAGUACAGGUGGUGGGAAGGAGUGGGUACUUUAUGGACGGGUGCCGGAUGGAGAGGGAGAGGGAGUGCAGGGAGAGUGGGAGAUGAGUGGAGGACUUGGGUCAGACGAGGAUGAUGAGGAUGAGGCGCAAAGGGCGGGGAGUAAACUUUGA